AAUUUGUAUAGGCUUCACUCCUUGUGACUCUUGUAGACGUUUCAACGCUAGACCCCCCGCCAAACAGCCAUGAGCCGGCAGGAUGUUCCCUUUGCGGACUCAGUGGACUGGACUCCUGAGCUUGUGGAAGCACAUUUCCUAACCUUCCUUGAUACGUACAAAGAGUCAGACGAAGAGGAGGAAGCUCACUAUGUUACUGUUUUGCGCGACGUCAAAGCCCAGGACAAGGGCACGCUCUACGUUCAUAUCGGCCACCUAAACGCUUACGAUCAGGGCCUUUGUUCCUAUGUUAUUGCUCAAUAUAAUCGCGUUGAGCCGACGCUACGCAAGUCGCUUCACUCUUUCAUUCGGACACAUGAGCCCGGCCUUGUCGAUGGCCCGGACUCUCGCGAGUACUACGUUGCCUUCGUCAGCGCAUGGCCUCAGCGCAUGCGUGACUUGCGGACCAGCAAGCUGGGACAGCUCACAGCUUUCUCCGGCACCGUCACGCGGUCAAGCGAAGUGCGGCCUGAGCUGCUCUACGGUGCCUUCAAGUGCAUGGAGUGCAAUACCAUCCACCGUGGCGUCCCCCAGCAGUUCAAGUACUCGCCCCCCAUCAUGUGCACUAACACCUCCUGCAACAACAGGAAGAGCUGGUCGCUGGUCCGCGAGCAGUCUGUCUUCUGCGACUGGCAGCGGCUGAAGGUGCAGGAGGCCGUGGAGGAGGUGCCCGCCGGCAGCCUGCCCCGCACCAUGGACGUGAUCAUGCGUCACGAGGCGGUCGAGACGGCCAAGGCGGGUGACAAGAUGGUGUUCACGGGGCAGCUGGUGGUGGUGCCGGAUGUGGCGGCGCUGGCAGCACCGGGGGAGAAGGUCCAGCUCAAGGAGGGAGGCGGCCGGCGGGAGGGCGGUGACGGUGUGGCCGGCAUGGGCAAGUCGGCGGGUGGCCGCGACCUGACGUACCGCGUCAUGUUCCUGGCGUGCGCUGGACAGCCCGCGGACAUGACCAAGGGCAUGGUGAACAUCCGCCCCGACGUGGAGGAGAGCAGCGAGGCCAUCAUUGCGGAGUACCACGACGGCGGCGAGUCCAUCCUGGCCAUGGCACGUGACCCGCACAUCUACCAGCAGCUCACCCGCAGCAUCUGCCCCUCGGUGUUUGGCCACGAGAACAUCAAGCAGGCGGUGCUGCUCAUGCUGUUUGGCGGAGUGCACAAGAAGACGUCGGAGGGCAUCAACCUGCGUGGAGACAUCAACGUGGCCAUCGUGGGCGACCCCUCGUGCGCCAAGUCGCAAAUCCUCAAGUACGUUGCGAGCUUCCUGCCUCGCGCCGUGUACACCUCGGGCAAGGCCUCUUCGGCCGCCGGUCUCACCGCCUCGGUCGUCAGGGAGCCGGAGAACAACGAGUUUGCAAUCGAGGCGGGUGCGCUCAUGCUCGCCGAUAACGGCAUCUGCUGCAUCGACGAGUUUGACAAGAUGGAUGUGAAGGACCAGGUGGCCAUCCACGAGGCCAUGGAGCAGCAGACCAUCUCCAUUGCCAAGGCCGGCAUUCAGGCCACCCUGAACGCCCGUGCCUCCAUCCUGGCCGCCGCCAACCCCAUGGGCGGGCGGUACGACAAGGCCAAGCCGCUCAAGUACAACGUGGCCCUGCCGCCCGCCAUCUUGUCUAGGUUUGACCUGCUCCACGUGAUGGUUGACGACACCACGGAGGCCACCGACGCACGCAUUGCGACCCACAUCGUCAACGUGCACCGCUACCAGCAAAACGCAUUUGAUGUGCCGUACGACACGGAGAGCCUGCAGCACUACAUCCGCUACGCCCGCUCCAUCAAGCCCGAGGUCACGACGGAGGCCCGCGCGGAGCUCGUACGUUCGUACAAGGAGCUGCGUGCUGACGACGCGGCGCCCGGCACCCAGUCGUCGUACCGCAUCACGGUGCGUCAGCUGGAGGCGCUGAUCCGCCUUUCGGAGGCCAUGGCGCGUGUGUACUGCGACAAGGAGAUCAAGCCGCAGUACGUCCGUGAGGCCAAGCGGCUGCUCCGCGCGUCCAUCCUCAAGAUCGAGCAGUCCGACACGCUCCUGGACGACGACCUGCCCCUGCCCGGGCUGCAGCGGCAGCCGGAGGAUGCGCCCGAGGCGCGCAUUGAGCGUGGCGAGGACAUCAACGGGGUGGAGAAUGAUGAGAACGCGCCGCCGGGGGCAGCUGUUGGCGCGAAACGCGGGGCUGACACACUGGCCGAGGACCGCCAGGCGAAGCGCAUGCGCGCCGACCCGGCUACGGCGGCGCCAGCGGACGGGGCGGCCAACGGUGGGGCGCCCGAUGGGGGUGCGGCCGCAGGCGCACCGCCCGCGAAGGAGCCCGUCCGCGUGUCGGCUCAGAAGUUCAAUUACGUCAAGACCAUGCUGGCGAAGAAGAUGCUGGAGGUUCGCGACCAGUACCUCCGGCAGCUGCCCACCGUGCGUCCCGAAGCGGACGGCUCCCAGCAGGGCGACGGCGGCGCUGCCCUGCCGGAGGGCGGCAUCCGCCAGGAGGAGCUGCUGCAGUGGUACCUGGACGCGGAGGCAAUGAAGGGCAAGAUUGCCAACCAGGAUGCCGCGCUGUUGGAGGUGGAGGUGGUGUCCAAGAUCAUCAACCACCUCAUCCGCAAGGGCGACACGCUGGCGGUCCUCAGCCGGCCCUCACGCAAGACCGGCGAGGAGGACUCGGCCUACCUGCAGCGCAUGCAAACGGAGCGGGUGCUGCAGCUGCAUGACAACUACGCGCCCGAUGACGAGUGAAGCGGUUGAAGAGGGUGGUGAUUACGACGGAGAGUGCUUAUUAUGGUGUUGAACGGCUGUUGCGGUUGGUGCCAGUGGGCGAUAGCGUCUUUGUGUGCUUUAUGAACACGUGCGGGGUUGGGGGGCACGGUGGAUGAGGCGUGAUUGCAGUAAUGGAGUGCUUCUGUUAGGGUAGGCUCGUUACAGGGUAGGUGCCAAAUGUACCCACUCUCCUAGAGGCUGUGUCGUACCGUAUUACACACGGGAUUAGGAGCUCGCUAGAUCUGCUCGGUAGAUCUGCGUUACCAGGUGUCUUCUCCAUUCUCAUCAUAGGUAGGCUUCUGUAGUUCUCCUGCAGUUAGGUUGUGUGCGCAGGUCGGUGCUGGCGGGCCAUGUCCCUCAUCGAACGUAACGCUUUGGCGCUCGGCUGCGGGUGCAAAGUAGCUGAUCAGAGGGGCAGUAGGCAGCCCCAGGGCUUCGCCCACAGAUAUUUAGAGAGUGGCAUAUAACAGUAUGUCCCCGCCGCAACCACGGCCUCUGCAGCAUUUGACUGUAGGCACUUACGUUAGCCAUUGGUAUGUAUUGGAUUGUAUGCGACCAUACAUGCAGCUUGGUUCGGCGCCCGCUGCGCAUGGACACGGGCAACGCCUUAUGUAACAAAUCACAUAUGG